GCCAUUGUGAUAGAAAUUGCAAUUGAGAAAGUUUUCCUAAGCAGGAAUUUCAACUGGGCAGUAUAAAUCAGAUAAUUGCAUAAACCAAUAUUGCAUUUGAGUUGGAUUAUUUAUAUUUCGAUAAUUCCACCACACCAACAUUUAAUGUCUAACAUAACUUGUCGACAAAUCGGGAUAUCUCAAGCAAAUUCCCACUCGGCUGAGCAGACAAGCAUACAAACAAUCCUGUGUACAUAAUUCUGUAACCGUGUAUAAGUGAGCCAAGUCUUAAGCACUGAGCAAGAAUGUCAAGGCUCUAAAAAGAAUACACCGAUAUCAUUAUGGUCGCGUCUUUUGUAAGACCAAUGUGCGCAGCGAGUUCUUUUAACAAGGUCAAACCAAUCAUAUUUUUGAUCUUAAAUUUUAAUAUUUGUCUUCAUCAUAUCAGUGCAUCUUCAUUCUUAAAUAUCAAUGAUUUGGCAAACGUGGAGCGACCCUAUUUUGACGACAUAAGUCCCAGAAAUGUUUCGGCUUUCGUGGAUGAGACAGCAAUUUUACGUUGCCGUGUUAGAAAUAAGGGCAAUCGAACUGUGUCCUGGAUGCGAAAACGUGACCUUCAUAUUUUGACCACCAACAUCUAUACUUACACGGGCGAUCAACGUUUUUCGGUCAUACAUCCGCCUAGCACCGAGGAUUGGGACUUAAAAAUUGACUAUGCGCAGCAACGGGACAGCGGGGUCUAUGAGUGUCAAGUAAAUACUGAGCCAAAAAUAAACUUGGCAAUUAUGCUGGAAAUUACAGCUGAAAGCGACAAUAGAGAUGGAGGUUCGGAGCGCCGUUACUAUGACGCAAAAGCGGCCCGAGCCAAGAUACUAGGAUCGACAGAAAUACAUGUAAAGCGUGACAGUACCAUCGCUUUGGCCUGCUCGGUGAACACUCAUGCUUCCUCUGUACAGUGGUAUCAUGGCUCUUCCAUUGUUGACUUUGACUCUCUUCGAGGUGGCAUCAGUCUGGAGACGGAAAAAACUGAUAUUGGCACUACCAGCCGGCUAAUGCUAACGCGAGCUUCCUUGCGGGACUCUGGAAACUACACUUGUGUGCCCAAUGGCGCUAUUCCUGCAUCCGUUCGGGUUCAUGUAUUAACAGGAGAACAGCCUGCGGCUAUGCAGACGAGUGCAGCAACUGCCCCCGGUCUGGACUUAAGAAGACUCACCGCCGUGAUGAUAAUUAUAAUUACGUGCUUGAUCAUAUCAGAAGAAACGUUGUUGAAUAUUUCAAACUUAGCCCAAUACAUACAUCGAAUGCAGAGAUGACUAACUUAGAUAAACUAGCAAUAGAGUGAAUAAAUAUUUUUAAGCAGCCAUAUUCCAAUGGAACGAUUGUAAGAGAACGUGUUUACAAAAAUAUUCAAUAUAAUUCCUAUAGUCAUAUGU